AUGUAUCGUUCCAGCGGGGAGCUGCGCAAAUACGCGCAGUGUGUAUUUGCCCUCUACUGUUUGGAUGAUGGCCUCUCUAUCUCCCGUUUCCGGCUUGCUUGGUACGUGCUCUGGGGAAAGUGGCCAGAGGAGAGCGUUGUGCAAAUGCUGUUUGACAAAAAAGACAAGAGUACAGGUGGGAAUGAGGACCCUACCGGAGAAGAGGGUGGGAUUGUAGGAAGUGGCGGUCUUGCGGAGAAAGAUAAGCAUCAUGACGGUGGCACACCUCUGGCACAGAGUUUUCCUUUCUCCGCUCUUCGAAGACGAAUUAAUGAGAAGGAAUUUGUCCGAUUUGCCGUCACAUAUCAUGAUACAAUGGGGGCGGACGCAGUCGGAUUUGGUGUUACAGAGGAGGAUGGAGAAUAUGCCACGGUAGACAUGCAGAGUGCUUUCUCUGGUGUUGUGCGAGCCCGUCAUUGGCUGCAGUUUCACGCCCUUGCCGGGUCAAAGGGGUAUGUGACGCUUGACGACCUAAUCGCCACGGAGAAGGUAGAUUGGCUUUAUCCGCCCAUGAGCGGAGGAUCAGCGAGUGGUCUUAUGGUGGAGCAGGCAGGGGAUGAUUCAUCGACGAUGCCACAGGACGAUGUUGAUAGACGAUUGGCGGUGUUGUCGCAUGUGUUUGCCAUUAUUGACGGCGACCACGAUGGUAAACUUAAUUUUGAGGAUGUGACGCGUCACCUUGCCAAAACUGCGUGA